UUCCUCCAGCUUCUGCUAAGUCACAUCACAUUCUCAUAUAAAGUUUGUCACUUCCACUUCCCUUCCUUUCAUCACUGUUUCUUUUCUUAUGAAUCAUGUCUCUCCUCUUUUGACACGCAUUUGUUUCUUCCAUGGCCUAAACAGUGAAUGAGACGCUUAUGAAACCAUGUUUCUCCUUUUAUGACACUGAGUGGUUGGUAUCUUCUGUCUUUAGUGGAUUUUAGUUUGGUCAGUGUUUGGUGGUUCAUCACAUGACAGGUUCCAAUCGCACAGUCUCUGUUUUCUAUUAUUAUUUUGGAUAAAAUUCGUUGGGUCCUGUGCACUUUGGUUUCCCCCAUAAAAUUUGACCUUAGCCUCAUUUGUUUUUCUCCUCCUCUAUAACAAGCUAUAAGCUUUUUUAUUGGUUGAGACUUGAGGGUGGGUUUUGAGUCCAGAUUUGAGUGUGAGUGAUAAUAGUGAAAAGUUGAAAUGGGUAAACUUGGUUGGGUGUUGGACAAGUUCUGUCUUUCUUCUUGUUCAAACACAUGCUUCUGUGUUAAUUCCAUGGAAUUUGAAGAUGAUGAUGAGUUUGAGAGCAAGCCUUUGAUUGAAAGUGGCAGCGAUCUCAAACUAAGACUCAAGGAUGUAGUUGAGGGAAAACAGACUUUGGCUUUUCAAUUGAAACCUAAGAUAGUGAUACUGAGAGUGUCCAUGCAUUGCCAUGGCUGUGCAAAGAAAGUUGAGAAGCACAUCUCAAAGCUUGAAGGAGUGAGGUCAUACAAGGUAGAUCUGGAAACGAAAAUGGUAGUUGUAAGUGGCGACAUUCUUCCUUUGGAAGUGUUGCAAAGUGUUUCCAAGGUUAAAAAUGCAGAGCUUUGGAAUUCUCCCUGACCAAAAAUUCUGCACAAAAACACCAUUACCCUCAUCAGAUUCUACAAAACUCAUUUUUCUUCUUAUUAAUAAUAUACAGAUAUAAUAAUAUUAUAUAUUAAUAUUCAUAAUAAUACCUCGUGUAAUGUUCCAGCAAUUCUCUUGCAGGAAAAAAAAAUAAGAAAAAUAAGAAAUGCUUGAAUGUCC